AUGGCACCAGAGGAAGAUAGGCAGUGUACCUUACCUAUUGAGUGUCUACUAGGGAGUGAGGUACAGCUCUUUAUUGUUGUACCUACUAGUUCGUCUACUGGCCUUGUUGUACCUACUAGUUCGUCUACUGGCCUUGUUGUACCUACUAGUUCGUCUACUGGCCUUGUUGUACCUACUAGUUCGUCUGCUGGACUUGUUGUACCUACUAGUUCGUCUGCUGGCCUUGUUGUACCUACUAGUUCGUCUACUGGCCUUGUUGUACCUACUAGUUCGUCUACUGGCCUUGUUGUACCUACUAGUUCGUCUGCUGGACUUGUUGUACCUACUAGUUCGUCUGCUGGCCUUGUUGUACCUACUAGUUCGUCUACUGGCCUUGUUGUACCUACUAGUUCGUCUACUGGCCUUGUUGUACCUACUAGUUCGUCUACUGGCCUUGUUGUACCUACUAGUUCGUCUGCUGGACUUGUUGUACCUACUAGUUCGUCUACUGGACUUGUUGUCCCUACUAGUUCGUCUACUGGACUUGUUAUACCUACUAGUUCGUCUACUGGACUUGUUGUCCCUACUAGUUCGUCUACUGGACUUGUUAUACCUACUAGUUCGUCUACUGGCCUUGUUGUACCUACUAGUUCGUCUACUGGACUUGUUGUCCCUACUAGUUCGUCUACUGGACUUGUUAUACCUACUAGUUCGUCUACUGGCCUUGUUGUACCUACUAGUUCGUCUACUGGCCUUGUUGUACCUACUAGUUCGUCUACUGGCCUUGUUGUACCUACUAGUUCGUCUACUGGCCUUGUUGUACCUACUAGUUCGUCUACUGGCCUUGUUAUAGCUGCUGCGUUUCAACUUGACUAUUCUUAUUUUGAAAUUCUUUGUCGAAUCGGGCCUUAA